GUUCUUGUUUGUGAUAUUUCAGGUCCUAGUACGUGAAUGAAGGUUUAAGAACGAGUUCGGGGUCGAUUGGACGAAGUUUGAACGCUUGGCGAGAAGCUGAGAAGCCACACGGGCAUGCCCAAAAGCCACACGGACAUGUGGGAGACCCACUGUGGCCGUGUGAAGGCUCGGCAAUAGCCACACGGGCAGCCUGGACACUCACACGGCCGUGUGGGUCGUGGCCGCGUGGGAAGCCUGAAGUCACUUAACGAAACGCCACGUUUUGCAAAGCCACACGGGCAGCUGGGGGAGUCACAAGGCCGAGUGACAUGGCCGUGUGAGUCGGGAUUUUCUGGUUUUAAGCCAAUUUCCAGCCACAAGUGAGGGGAGUUACGAGUUUUAGAGAGACAGAGCGAUUCCUAGAGAGAGAAAGCGAUGAACAAGAGUUCCCAAGUGCCCUAGCUUGAUCUUCAUCACAAUUGGAGGCCGGCUUGAGCUUGGAGAAGUGCCGAUCGACGCCCAGGAGCAGAAACCCAUCCUUACAGUAUGGUUUCCGCAUCUGAAUAUGCUUUUGCUUCUUUCUCCAUGGAGUAGUUUUCUCAUUCAUCUGGGUAUGGAGAACCUUAGAUUUGUAUGUUAGGUCUGAUUGUAUGAACCCAAGUACAGCUUUUAUGAUUUGAUUAUGUUCAAUUGAGGCUUGAAUGAUUAAAUGGCAUGAAUCCUGAUCAAAUUCCUGUUGUUUCUGCUUUAACCUAGAAAGAGAAUAUCUUCCCAGGUUAAUAGAGCACCCUUAAUUGAAGGUGGUGAAUUGGCGACUUUAGUCGAGGAGUCAGUUCAUUAUUCUGUACCGAAUUUACUUCGGUAGUGGAGGUUUUGUUUGUUAAGGCCUCAAUCUGUUUACUCCGGUGGAGGCUAGUCGCCCGCUGGAGACUCAGAUUGAGAGGGUCUGGAGACCUUUAGUCGAGACUUCAUACUGUUUAAGAACCUUCUGCAGUAUAACUUUCAUAGAAACUGAACUUGGUAAUUGCAAUCCGGCUUAACUGCAGUCUAGGAUGAACCAUAUCCGGGUGACCUCUCUCGACUUGAAACAACCGUUUAACUUGCUUUGUGUUUUUGUUUGUUUGAACCUGCACUUAAGUUUUACUGCUAGAUAAUAAGAAUUCACUGAGUAGUCAUCACAUCUAGGACCCGGGUUGACAUUAAAACCCAAACCCGCUAUACUACGCUUUAGGAAGUGGUUUCACUUGGCCAUUUUCUAGAGUGACAGUAGGAGUGAGUCAAGUUUUUGGCGCCGUUGCCGGGGACGGCUUGGUUGUUGAAGAAACGUGAAUUCUAUUAAUUUAGCUUUUCUUUUCGCAUUGUUUGCUUUGUCCCACUUGUGCCUUCACGGGUUUGCUUGCUUGAGUGUGUGCAGGUAGUGCUUGACCCGUAGCCAGUCGGGAGAUUUACUACCGUUGACUCCAGAGAUUGAACGCACCUGUCGUCAACUCAGGAGAUAAAAGCGAGCUAGACUGGCUACGGAGAAGCGCCUAGACGGCCAUUUGAGCAGCGAGUCCAAGGACGAGUACGAGAUGGAAGGUGAUUACAAUCCACACCAGGGGUAUUCUCACCAGGCUCCCCUGGUGAAUCAAGUCUUGGGGAACAACCCCAUACCCCAGGCAGAUGGGGUUCAUCAUCAUCCACCGCCGCCGGGUCCCACCUUGGAGUACUACUACACUCCACGGAUUGCUGACAUCCGCCCGGUCAUCCUCUACCCACCUAUUCCAGCGAACAACUUCGAGAUCAAGCCAUGCUGGAUUCAACUCAUUACAUCUUCUAUCCAGUUCCAUGGAUUGAAGGAUGAGGAGGCAAGGGUGCAUCUUUCCCGUUUUCUGCAGCUGACGAACGGGUUCAAGCUGAACGGUGUCCCUUAUGACGCAAUCCGCCUUCACCUCUUCCCCCAUUCUCUGGCGGGGAAUGCUAAGAGGUGGUUGGAGACCCAGCCCCCAUUGUCCAUCACUUCUUGGGAUGAUCUGGCUGACAAAUUCGUGCACAGGUACUACCCAGCAUCGAAGACCACAGAGAUCCAGCAGGAGAUCACUCACUUCCGCCAAGAGCCAGACGAGUCACUUCAUGAUGCAUGGGAGCGGUACAUGGGAUAUUUCUGGCAGUGUCCCCAUCACGGCUUCAGUGAUGCAUUCACAGUGGGGAACUUCUACAGUGCUCUCUCUCCGGACAGCCAGAGGGUGAUUGAGUCUCUAUGCCCAGGAGGGGAUAUUCUUACUAAGACUCCACCCGAACUGAACCAGAUGAUCAGUACCUUGGCUGCCAGAGAUCAUUCCUGGGGGCAGAGCAGCAGAGGAAGACAUUCCCAGGACCGUGGUGUGCACACCAUGGAGACCGGAUCCAGGCUCGAGCAGCAAGUAGCGGAGUUAGUGCAGACAUUGAAGUAGCCCAACAGUCUUAUUCCGGGCAGAGGUUUGGCUACACCUCCAGUAGCUCAAUGUCAAUGGUGUGAGAGCUCAAAUCACCUAGUGGAAGACUGCCAGGCUGUGAGGGAGUCUUCUACUCCCCAAGAGCAGUUGGACUUCAUUGCCAAUGCUCGGCGCCUCGACCCAUACAACAAUACAUAUAAUGAGGGGUG